AUGGUACCCAACGCGGAUCAAAACGUGCUCAUCCCUAUCAAGCUUGAUGCAUUCGUCCUCAAUGACAAAGUCUGUGAUGGCGGACAUGAUGACGAUGAACUGAGAGCACGGAAAGCCAAAAUGCGUGGGUUGUCGAAAGUGACCGCUGCCGAACACUCGACGGAGAACGAGACGGCAGAAACGGCACACUCUUGGAACCCUGGAAUGUUCUUGAUGGCACGGUUGAUCUUCAAGUUGACGUGUCACCUUUCGUCAGCGCAUUCGACUCUGUGGUUGACGGAGGCGACCCGGGAACGUGGGUUUGAUGGGUUGGUAGGAUACUUUCCUCCCCUUCCCCAGUCCAAACUCGAGGAGGAUAAUGCUCUUGAUCUAUCGACGUUCUACAUACACUUCCCACCCGGUGUUCAUGAUACAGCGACUAAAGAAUUGGCAAAGAUCUCUCCGCCGGCAUCUGCUUACGAGGAGGAGCAGCCAAAUCCAACACUCACCGAGAUGAUUACUAUCAAGAAGGAUAACUAUCCUCUCCCGAGGCCCUACUAUUCCGACCCGGACAAGAACGACCUCACACCAUCAUCAUACACCGCGGAUGCAAACGAAAAGCUUGCCGUUUUCGGCGCCCUGCUCGACCCUUUCCUCCCUGUGCAUGCGUACACUGGCAUUUUGCCCGUCAAGGAGCUUUCCCUACCGACGUGGACAUGGCAGGGAGCCCUGGACAAGCUAUCCGCCUUUUUCCAUGCUGGACCUGUGCUAAUCACGGGCGACGUGCCAGGGUUUGUGGAGGCGAGGCAGCUGAAGCAGGGGGAUUUGCCACCCAAAGUGGUCGAGGGCGUGGAGGGAGAGGAGAAGCAAGCCGUGGGGCUACCAGGUGGCGCGUUGGGGAUGUGGAGCUGGCUCCAGCCUUAUGAUGUUGAAGGAGAACAUGGAAAGAAUACCAGGUAUGAUGAAGAGGAAGAGAAACCGCGGGAAAGGUUCAUGCCGUUGGCGGUUGAGGUGCUGGGUGAAGAGUCGAGGCUGGAGUGGGGGCCAUAUACGGCCAUCGAGGGGCUGCAGAUGGCUGCGGGCGUUAAUGAGAAAUAG